AUGCUACUCAACUUCGAAGAGGCCCACCUCAAAUGGCUGUUGCAGCAGGGCCCUGCGCUAUACCCCUCCUUAUCUCCGUCCGCGCACGAGUAUCACAAUAACACUGCCGACCGAAAUCAACCUACUGCGCCGGUGCCACCAGCGGGGGCCUUAGCGCACCAGCCAGAGGAUAUCACCAUCGCGAUCGAUGAUUUACAACCAGAAGCCAAACCAGCAGAGACGGGCCAUGUGGACGGAAAAGCGGAGGUAGAUUCGGACGAAGAAAUGGCGCGAUUGCUUCUUACUCCGGCCUCCGCACGCAAGCCGCGGAUGCUGAGUCUAUCAAAGGACGCUGGCGCACCCACUCCGAAGCCUCUCAAAAGUAGUCAGUCUGUCAAUUCGCCUUCGAAGGGAAGAGAGAAUGGCCUGGGCAGAGUUACCAAAGACAAGCAAAGUCCCCGGUCUCCAUUGCGCAGCCCUAAGGCGUCCUUCUUGACACCAUUUGGAUUGAAGCGGCCAUUGAACGCAAAGUCACCACUCUUCGAUUCCGACAUUGAUACGAUUGACUUGACUGGCGACUUGAAUCAGACCACGCUUUCGUCUGAUACUUUCGAUGGGUUCGAGGAACCGCAACGAUUGUGGACCGAAGACGCUGCAUCCCGGAGAGAGCCUCUCGAAAAGCGUGGAAAGAAGCGAAAGAGCGACGAAUAUGUGUCAGACCUUGUUUCGCCCCGAAAGAACGGCUUGAAAUCGCGCUCGCCAUUGAAGGCUGCUGAGCCUACGAAGACUCCCCGUUCUACCUCGACGCGUCUUCAGCCCGAAAAAUCACCUCGCACGACCAGAAAGGACACUAUACCCCGAGCUGAUGAUCCAUCGGGCCUUCCUUCGUUUUCACAGAGUUCUCGCUUGGGUCAUGUUAUCGCUGACUCCGAUGACGACGACGGAGAUGAGAAUCUGUUCGAUGACUGGGUUCCUGAUAGAGACGGCCCAACAUUGAACUCCAAUGAAUCACUCUACCCGAUCCUACCUAAUCAAGAUAGCUCGGAUGAGCACGCAGCUCCUAGCCCUGCGAGAAAGAAGAGUCGUGCUUCCCCACGGGCGUCGGAUGCUAUGGAUAUCGUCCCCUCCAGUGUUCGUCCAUCUAGGAAGGACACCCGCAUCAGUCCUAGUCCAGUCACUCAUGUGCCUUCUACUACCGAUUCUCCCAGCUCUCAGCCUCAGAACGAAGAUGUGGCCAAGUUCUUGAGUCUUUCAGCAGACUCUCUUGAAGGAGCCAUUGCAACCCUGAAGAGCACUCUUACGAAGAAUUCUGAAAUAGUGUAUGAGCGAGCAAUGAAGGGAGAACUUGCACCUGACUUGAUCGCUGAAAACAAGACCCUUACGGAUAGGAUCGAAGCGAUUGGUUUCCUCAAGCAGCAAAGGACUACCUAUCAGACAUAUGAUACGAAGAGGAACAUGCUCAAGAAAAGACUCAUGCAGGUUAUAACACAGGGCGGCGAUCCGUCCGAUAUGCCAGAACUUGUGGAAAGUCGAGAAGCAACAACUCAGCUGCAAAGGGCUGAAUCAGAUAUACAACAUCUGCUAGCACGAUCUAGGUUGCUGUCUAUUCCAUCACUGGAUGUCCGCCCACUUCGUUACAAGCCAGACCAUCCGACCCCUUUGUCGCGCCCAUCGUCUUUGUCAAUCAGUGCAAUGGAUGACACAGUAAUUUCAGGCGCCUCCUCGCGAUCGAAUGCACGAUCUGUCUUUCAAAAACACGAAUGGGACCUCGAGUCUUAG